UGAAUAAUGUCAUUGUAAAGCGCUUUGGGUGCCUUGAAAAGCGCUAUAUAAAUCCAAUGCAUUAUUAUCAUUUCAUUUAAAAUCCACUGUGCUGAUGAACAGAACCAACAUCAGAAAAAGUUGUGUGUCCACAUAUUUAUGGCGCUGACUGUCAGUGUGGUUCUGCUGUUGGAGGGUCGGGUGGGUUCUUCAGGUGGGUUCUUCGAGUGGGUUCCUCUGCUGACUGCCUUGUGUUUGGGUGGAGAGCUGAAGACGCCUCGUGGACGACGAGCAAAAUAUCUUGACGGACGUCUGGUUCCACACGCUGCCCUGACCUCAGAGCUGCUGAUGGUUCAUGGACUGAACACAGGGACGGCGCGCUCCAGGUUAAAUCUGGUCUGACGCUCACGGACUUUUAAACGACGCCACCUUCACACCGUUACAGAGACACAACUUCCUGUUUUCUUUUACAGACGUCUGAAUGUGUCCAAUCAGGGACGAGCUCACAUCUGACGAAGAGGGAAAGUUUAGCACCAAGCUGCUGUUUAGAGGAGGACAGAAGGGGGAGGAGGACAAGAGGAGGUGGAGGAGGAGGAGGAGGAGGACAGAAGGGGGAGGAGGACAGGAGGAGGUGGAGGAGUAAGAGUGUAACUCUGUCUUGGCGCUGAGAUCAGCUGCUGAUCAGUUUCCCUCGGAUCAAUACUCUGAUUACUCUGACAACUUUAUUUUAAACCUGUUUUUUUUUUUUUUUUUUUUUACAUAAAAAUGACGUCAGAGUCAAACUAACGCGUUUCCGGCUGCUGUGGCUCCACACCUGCCUGGUCAGACACACCUGAGUCCGGGCGGAGAUGGAGGUGUCCGCCUCCGGCUGCUCCGGGUUCCGGAUCGACUCUCUGCUCUCGCUCGGGGCGCUCCUGCCCCGGGCAGACCCUCCGGAGCUCAGCCCGGGGAACAGCAGCGGCUGCUCGGCGCCUUCAUCCCCGUGGAGGGAGCCUGCUCCCCGGCUGGAGCCUCCGCUGCUGCCCGCUCCGCUUCAGCUGCGCUCCGCCUGCUCCUCCUUCCUAAUCCGGGACAUCUUAGCAGACUCUCACCCGGGACAGGUCUACUCUGAACCGGGACAGCCCGGACUGGAAGCCGAGCCAUUCCGGUCCGGACAGGAUGAAGAUUUCCAGGAUAAAAGUCUCAGCAGCUCAUCUUCAGACAGCGAAACAGUGCAGAGCGGUGGCUCCGACUCGGUGACGUCAUGCCUCAAGAAACCUCGUAAGGCACGGACGGCGUUCAGCGACCAGCAGCUGGCGAGGCUCGAGAGAAGCUUCCAGAAACAGAAAUAUCUGAGCGUCCAGGAGCGGAUGGAGCUGGCGGCUUCGCUGCAGCUCAGCGACACGCAGGUCAAGACCUGGUACCAGAACCGCAGGACCAAGUGGAAGCGUCAGUCUGCCGCCGGCUUGGAGCUGCUGGCCGAGGCCAGCAGGAUGUUCCUGCCCACACACUACCUGUACCCUCCUGCCCCGCCCACAAUGAACCUAUACCUGUAUUGAAGCCACGCCCACCAACACCACCCAGCACUGCUUCUGCUACCCCACAUCCUCAUCCACACUCAGCCCCUUCCCCGCUGACUAGGACUGGUUCCCUCAGGAACGGACUGCUGUGGCGGUGCCGGGGCUCAGGAGGUGGGGCUCAGGCAAAACGUCAGAAAACACAACAGUGACGUUCACGUCUGGACAAACCAGCGAGUCCAGGCAGGAGUGUAGAGCCGUAGUCGAGCCACAAACUUCUCUGUGCGUUUCUGUAGCUCUGACUUCGUUUUUUACAUUUUCAAUAAAGAAAAUAAAGAUUCUUAUUGUUGUUUUCCUUUGAUUCAAAGUGAAAGCGAUGGCUCGGAUUGGUUCCCAGGCUUGGUUUAGAGCAACUCUGUCUGAUGAGCAGGCGGCACUCUG